AUGGCGCGCCUCCACCGUGCCAGGAUGGGCCAUGAGCGGUACGCUGAGUGCAUGCGCAUCGUCAUGCUCGCGGCAGUGUGCGGAGUGCUAGGUGAGGAGGACCUAUUACUCGUUGUGGGCGCAUGUUGGGUGGUGAAAUGGCCCGCGUUCCAAGAGCUCGUCGCGCCGACACAUCUAGAUGGCGUGAGGUACGACUUCAUGGAGGUGCUUGGUGGGUUCGACUUCAAGGAACUGUUGAGGUUCGAGAAGCCCCACUUCCGUCGGCUUGUGGCGGCGCUGGAGCUUCCACCCGAGUUCGUGAUUUCGGGGCUAAGGGGGGGGAGAGGAGUGCUAAUAAUUCCGGCACAUCUGUGUUUGGCAGUCACUCUGUGGAGAUUUUCUGCGCCAACGACGUUGCUACGCGAUCGCCUGUUCUGGGGCAUGGGGGAGACACUCGUUUGCGAGGUGUUCAAUGUCACCAUUGAGGCUAUAUACGAUCGAUGGGGACACCUUGUGCGGGAUUUGCAGGUCGAUGCUAUUCUUCCUAAGAUAGACGACUUCUGUGAAGCAACAUCUAGCCGCGGCUCGCCCCUUCCACGUUGUUGUGGGGCUUCCUCGAUGGCACAAUUCGAAAAAUCUGUCGUCCUGGUCGUUGGCAACGUCUGUACUACNACGACGUUGCUACGCGAUCGCCUGUUCUGGGGCAUGGGGGAGACACUCGUUUGCGAGGUGUUCAAUGUCACCAUUGAGGCUAUAUACGAUCGAUGGGGACACCUUGUGCGGGAUUUGCAGGUCGAUGCUAUUCUUCCUAAGAUAGACGACUUCUGUGAAGCAACAUCUAGCCGCGGCUCGCCCCUUCCACGUUGUUGUGGGGCUUCCUCGAUGGCACAAUUCGAAAAAUCUGUCGUCCUGGUCGUUGGCAACGUCUGUACUACAUAA